AAAAAAGAGUAAAACGAGUCAAACGCAAUUUUACACUAAACUCCAAUCUUGAGUUGGUAGAUGUUUUAAUUGUAUCCUUUUGUUUUUCAUACUUCUUAAUUUGUUAAUCGAUAUCAACCUUUAUUCUGGACAACAUUACCAUUAUCAAAGUAAUCAUCUCUGGUCAUUCAUCAUGUCAGGUAUUGCGGUCGCUAGAUUAGCCGAAGAAAGGAAAGCUUGGAGAAAGGAUCAUCCUUUUGGUUUCAUUGCCAGACCCACCAAAAAUCCUGAUGGCAGUUUAAAUCUUCUUAAUUGGGAAUGUGCUAUCCCCGGUAAAAAAGGAACUCCUUGGGAUGGUGGUCUCUACAAGCUGAAAAUGAUUUUUAAAGAUGAUUAUCCAUCUUCACCACCAAAAUGCAAAUUUGAACCACCUUUAUUUCAUCCUAACGUUUACCCAUCAGGAACUGUGUGUCUCUCAUUAUUGGACGAAGAGAAAGACUGGAGGCCGGCUAUCACAAUUAAACAGAUUCUUCUUGGUAUCCAAGAUUUACUUAACGAACCAAAUGUUAAAGAUCCAGCUCAGGCUGAAGCAUAUACUAUCUACUGCCAAAAUCGCUUGGAAUACGAGAAGAGAGUGAAAGCUCAAGCAAAAGCCAUGGCAGCCACCGAAUGAUUGUCGAUUGGUAAUCAAAACAUAAAGGAAUCAUCGUUUGGUUAUUGAUGAGUCAUUAAAAGAUUUAAUAAAAAUAUCAAAAUGUCAAUGUGAAA